AUGCAAGCCAUGCAGUGUCAUGGUGAAAAAGAAGUGUGGAAUGUGAAGAUAAGGAAUCCGGGGAGCAUGCUCGCUAGUGGACAAUGUGUGAGAGCGAUAAGAAACCCCCGGAAUGACACACUCAGCCUUAAUGCUGGAGUCCCCAAGUCAUCUUUCGAAGCCAUGAACAUGGAGGCUAUGAAGAUCGAUAUCGAUAAGCAAUUCGAUUGA